GCAAGUGCGUGGUAACCAUGCUGUCUCCAAAACAAGCAGGGAAAAUGGCGGCCGUCUGCGAUCUUGACGCGUCAAGUGAAAACAUCUGAGUGAAGUUGUAUAACGUAAAGAAAAAUGUCUGAACAAGGAAAAGAGGAAGUUCCAGGUGAGUCUGCAGACCAGAAAGAUUCUCCCCAUCAAGAGACUACCCCGGUAGAAGAUGUUCCCAAGGACACAAACCCUGCACCUGAUGAAGCACAAGGAGACACCGCUCCUGUACUAGUGCCUCAAGCAGAGCCUGACCCAGCAGAGCCUGACAUCACAGAGCAUAACCCUGCAGCUGGUGAAUCGGGAAAACCUGAGGAGGGAGGGUCAGCUGAAGUAGAAGUCACAGGGGAGACAAAUGUCCCAGUUGAGAGUGAGGGUCAGAAGGAAGAAUUAACAGCAGAAGGGGGUCAGAAGGAAGAAGUAACCAAAGAGGGUCAAAAAGAAGAAGUAACAGAAGGUCAGAAAGAAGUAACAGAAGAGGGUCAGAAAGAAGUGACAGAAGAGGGUCAGAAAGAAGUAACAGAAGAGGGUCAGAAAGAAGUAACAGAAGAGGGUCAGAAGGAAGAAGUGAUAGAAGAGGGUCAGAAAGAAGUAACAGAAGAGGGUCAGAAAGAAGUAACAGAAGAGGGUCAGAAGGAAGAAGUGAUAGAAGAGGGUCAGAAGGAAGAAGUGAUAGAAGAGGGUCAGAAAGAAGUAACAGAAGAGGGUCAGAAAGAAGUAACAGAAGAGGGUCAGAAGGAAGAAGUGAUAGAAGAGGGUCAGAAGGAAGAAGUGAUAGAAGAGGGUCAGAAAGAAGUAACAGAAGAGGGUCAGAAAGAAGUAACAGAAGAGGGUCAGAAGGAAGAAGUGAUAGAAGAGGGUCAGAAGGAAGAAGUGAUAGAAGAGGGUCAGAAGGAAGAACAGAAGGUUGAUGAAGCAGAAAAGACAGAGCAGGAACCAACAGAAGAAGUAAAGGCUGAAAAUGCAACAACUGAAGAAAAGGCUGAAGUGAAGGAUAAUGUGAGGGAGCAGGAUAAGCAGGAGCUGGAGGACAAGCCUGAGGUAGAAAGAGCCCCUUCCGUAGCAGAGGUGGGCACAGAAAUGAGGAAGAUAGAGGAUGAAGGUGUAACACUAGAUGGAAGGCAGGCAACUCCAGUGAAGCCAACUCCUUCAGUGAAGACCAAGGUGAACCUUGAUGCAACAGCUACAGUGAAGUUUGUGCUGAUGCCAAGCGGUCAAGUGGUCACUCUGGCAUGUACACUGGGUCAGACUCUCCAGCAGCUCAAGGAACAUUUUUCCAGUGAACUCAAGAUGCCCGUUAAUCUGAUCCUGAUCAUGCAUGAUGGUAAAGGUAUAAGUGAGAAGUCAACUCUGGCUGAUCUGGGCGUGGGUCCAAAUGGCACUGUUCAGCUGGAGAUGCAGUCUGCUGAUCCUGUCAACACACCAAUCAAGUCCUACCGGCCUCGUCAGGAGUAUCACAUGCCUGACGUCAUCACUGUGCGGGUGCAGGGAGAUGAUGAAGAACCCAGAGACAUUGUAGUUGAGAUUGAACGUUCCACAAAGAAGAAGCCUUUCUUAGGAGGAUUCCGCCACAAGACAACUGGCGUUGAGUAUCACAAUGCUUCAGCACAAACUGCCACCAAGCCGAGACCUGUGUCUAACAUAGAACGCUACUGUCGGGACACACAGACAGUCCAACAGCAUCACCAGCCGCAGCAGACGACCAAUGACACAUCAACACAGAUGACAAAGAUUGGUGUGUUUGUGUCCAAUAUGUCAGACAAGCUUCUUAUCCCAGGCCAGUACACGACGGCUGAUGAUCAUCUAGCCAUGCUUCUUAGAAAGAUUAUUAUCAUACAGAAGUACUACCGCCGCUGGUUGGCCAAGAGAUAUGUGCACAAGCUGAAACAAGAUAAGCAGCGUAGGUUAGAGUGGGAGAAGGAGGAAGAAAUCAGGAAGAAGAAAGAUAAGGAAGACAGAAUAAAGAAGGAGUUUGCAAGACGAAUGAAUCCAAAGAACAAAGAGGACUUUGAUCUUCUCUUUCAUGCUUUGGAAAAGUGGCGGCAGGAGGAGAUAGAGCGCAUCAACACCACCCUGGAGGGGGCUGAGAGGAAGGCUGCUCUGUGUAUGUUGCUGGACCAGGAGACCCAGCUGUUGGCCGCCAUCGACAGGCACAAGCUGGAGGCCGGCUCUGAGAACAAGGACCUGCGCAUCCAGAGCUUCCUGGAGAAGGCUGCUUCUCCCAAGAAAUGGAAGGGUCAUGAUGGAAAGGUCACUGAAAUGGACACCCCAUAUACAAUUCGAGCACGAGAACUGCGAGACAUAUACAACAGUAUUAACAUGAAGUAUCUCACUCAGGAUGAGCGACUGGAUGUGCUUCUCACUCUCAAACACACUGUGAAGGAGCAUGACUGCAAGUUAACGCAGGAGAUCAUCGAACUCAUCGACAGAGAAGCCGACCUGUUGAUGCGAGGUGUGAAGGAAACCAACUUGGAUGGACUCAGGAAGAGAAUCUCAACUCUGUUCCUCCAGUACAUCAAAACUCCCACUUUCAACCCUGAAUCUGCCAAACUCCUCAAGGUGCCCCAGGAUCCAUCCACUCUCCGCAAGAACAUCUACUUCUGUCCAAGCUGCAACAGUUAUCUCCCCUCCACCGAGUUCUCCCUGUCCUCCAACUCGCGCUAUGUUGGCAAAUGUCGCCGCUGUGGCAAGACCGACAAUGAUGCUCGAGUUCGACAGGACUUCAGCCAUUUCCGGUUCAUGCUCAAGUCACUGCGGAAGGCUGAGGAGGGAUAUGGGGAUGGAUCACAGAUUGCAUUCUUGUUGCAGGAGAAUGACCUGCAAUACUUGGUGGAGAACAUCUGGAACAGCCAGAGUAUCCUCAGUGCCUGGGAGGACCUGUAUGACCUGAUGCUGGUGCGCUGGGACAAGCAUGAUGAGUGGUCACCCUGGAAUUGUGUGCUUCUCACCAAGGAGGAAGCCUCAGCACAUGACAGGCUACACAGUCUAGAAGAGGGUUACGGCCAAGUGUUCAUCCACAAAGUGAAGCAGAAGCACACCCUGGCCAGGAACUACUUUUCCCGCCUCCCUGGGAUGGCGGAACUCAUCAGGAAGAGGACGGGCAAGAGGGACAUCCAGAGCAACAGAGGACCAUCCGUGGCCGGAACAGCGGUCCCAGUACAACAGAAGGCAUGAGCCCUCCCUAUAAACAUGUUCCUUUGACAGGAAUACCAAGUUGUGAUAUAAGUGAAGGUUUAUGAGAGGAUCUCACUUUGACGAUGGCGUUUAUUGUAUAGAGGUGGUUGAAUGAUGUGCAGAUGCUGUCCAGUGACACAUGUUGACUGUCAUUCGUCAUAUUUGCACCCAUUAAAAUGAUUUGGAAGUGUGUGGGGAAGUAUAUUUUCUACCUUUAUUACACACUUUAAUCUGUACAUAUUUUUACCAUAAAUGAGACAUUCAGGUGUUAUUAUCAUACGUUUUGUCACUAAACUUUGUGUACAAGUUAAAAUCUAUUUAUCUCAAACCUGAAAAUAAGAACUGAUCAUGAUGAACAUGGAACUUGCAUUUCAAAUUUUAAUUUUGUGUAGGGAAUGUCAAUUUGUUCUUUCAGUUAAUAUUAGGUAUGAUAAUACAAUUUUGUUGAGGAAUUAUAAAUUAAUAAUUACUGUACAGAAACAUUGUGAAUUGUGAGAUAUUGGCCAUAUGUUCUGAUAUGUGAAUUAAAGAAUUACAAUACAA